AUGAAGGCUUCUAUCAUCCUCCUUGCAGCCGCUGGCCUCGCCGCCGCUCAGAACAUUCCCUCCUGUGUUACCACAUGCCUGGCCCAGUCCCUGAGCGGCACCGACUGCCAGGGCAUCGACAUCACAUGUAUCUGCAAGAACAUCAACACCAUCAUGGCCAAUGGAGCCGACUGCUUCGCCAAGAACUGUAGCGCGGACGAGCUCAAGUCCGCCCAGUCUCUCCUCACUACCCUCUGCCCCAACGCCUCCGUCUCCGGCAGCAUGUCUGCCUCUGGCUCUGCUUCUGCUUCAGCUAGCUCCAGCUCUGCCUCUGCCUCUGCUUCUACAUCUGCCUCUGGCUCUGCCACCACCACCGGCUCUGCCUCCGGGUCCACUGACUCCGCGUCUGCAUCCUCGACCGCGACCGACUCCGCUGCCUCUACUACUGGAAGUGCCGCUUCCGCCUCGUCGAGCGAGUCGAGCGCCAGCUCUUCCGCCUCCAGGUCGGCCAGCUCCGCUUCUAGCUCGGCUGCCAGCGCCUCCGCCUCUGCGACUGGAACUGGUGAUGCCGGCCGACCUGUCGUCGGAGCUGGUCUUGCCAUGUUCGCUGCCUUCCUUGCUCUGUAA